CAGUAGGAGAACAACAACAACAACUACUUUUUACCCACAAUUUACUAGCGCACAUUGUUUGUUGUUUAUUUUGUGUGUGUGUGUAAGUGUUUGUUUUACUUUUGUUGUGUGAGAGCGCAAAAUUUAACUCAUUUUCAAAAUGAAUCUCGUAAUGGCAUCCGUGCUUUUGUUAGCCAUGUUGGCAUUUCAACCGACAUUGAUUUAUGGCACAAAGAACUUGGCAUCCGCUAGAACUGGCGGCGGCAGCGUUAGAGCCAGCAGCAGUCGCUUGACUAGCAACAGCAACAACCGCAAUAUUAGAUCCUCUAAAUACGGAAAGAGACACUCAACUGAAUCCUUGUAUUCACCCGCAUUAUCCCCAUCAUCGUCUGCCAAAUUAGUCAUGUCCCUGGAAUCGGGUGAUGUUUUGGUGCGUGCUGCCAGGGGAGCUGCCACAGAUCAAAAUCAAAAUCUCUCGCCAGCCAACGGAAACAAUGAUGGUAAACGUCAAAAGAAUAAUAAUAAAAAAUUAAACAAAAACUUGGCCUCUCAUGAGGGUCCGGCAGCAGCAGCAGCCACUCCAUCAUCGUCAUCAGCAUCAUCAUCAUCCUCAUCCACAGCAACUUCCUCAAACAGACGUAAACAUUUGGAAAAGAAAUUUUCCGCAACUUCGGGAUUAUCAAGCAAUCAACAGCAGCAGCAACAGAAACAACAGCAUCCAAAUACCAACAACAAAGGCAGUAACAAACAACGUCAAAUGCUUAAAUCUCAAAAUCACCAAAAUAAACGUUCGGGUGGCAAAGCAAACAAGGAAAAUGUUGAGAAAACCCAGAGCGAAAGUGAGAAAUCAUCUACCACUUGCCGUUAUGCCAAAAGCGCUUGGUCGGAAUGUGAUCCCAAAACCAAUAUGCGUUCCCGCAUUUUAACAUUGAAAAAGGGUGAACCGAAUUGUUUGGAGACCAGAACUAUGCAAAAGAAAUGUAAAAAGUCUUGUCGUUAUGAAAAGGGUGCCUGGUCGGAAUGUACUAAUGGACAAAUGACGCGCGAGGAUAAAUUAAAAUCAACAGGCGGUGUUGAGCCCAGCUGCGAAGCAGUGCGCAGUAUUAACAAGAAAUGUAAUCCCAAUAAUGAUGCCAGCAAACAGGCUAGUGGCGGCAGUGGUGGUGGCAGGGGCAAAAAGGAGCGUAAAAACAAAGAAAAAGGUUCCCGCCGUGUUGUUAAGAACUAAAAACCACAAAAUAUAAAAAAAUUAUUUUUUUUUAUUUUAAGCACACUUUAUAAAACAAAAGUUAUUUUAAGAGAAAAACCCAAUAAGAUACAUUCAUACUUUUACUAUUUACAUUAUAAAUUAUACAAUUUCAUAAUUUGCAUUAACAUAAAUUAUCAUAAAAGUAAUAUAAAUACAUACAAUACAAUACAACAUACCAACAAACAAAUUACAAAUAUAAAUUAAAGUUUUUAUCUUUUAAUCAGAUUUUAUAACAUUAAAAAACUGCAACAAAAAAAUAUAUAAAUAUUUUAAUGAAAAAUUAAAUUUAUGUAUUGCAUACAUUUUAUACAUGUAUUUUUUUAUCGAAUACAAAAUCCAACAUACAUUUAUUAUUAUCUUAUAUUUUAGUUUAAUAAACAUCUAAAUGUAAUUUUAUUAUUUUACAAAUAUUACAAAGAAAACAAAUAAAUUUCAUAAUUUUUUUUAAUAAUAAAAUGGGAAAAACAUUUACGAAAGAA